UCUGAGAUGUAAACAAGUAUGGCAUCGGCAGCCAGUGAUGUAAAUGAGGUUUUUUCAAGAUUAUUUGAUCAUCGACCAUUCCUGAAAGGGGAAAUUGAGUAUUUUAAAAAAGAGUUUGAGGAAAAACGAGGAGACAGAGAGGUGGAGCAACUCUUCCGAUCUCUUGAACUAAUAACAGAGAUAAAGGAGGGGCAGAUUGAGAAGAUAGUCAACUCCUCAGAUGACAAUCUCCCACGCACAAUUGCAGACAUUCAAGUGGCUCUCCACAUGUUAGAAGAUACCAUUGACACUGAGAAGAAAUUUAACUCGGAGGAGCUUCUGGCAAAAAAGAGAGCAGAGAGGAAAAGCAAGCUCACAGCAACUCAGCAGGAGGUACAAGAGAAACUCAACUUCCUUGAAAACAACUACCUGGAGAAGGAACAGGCUCUGAGAGCACAGUUUGAGACUCUUGAGAAAAGUGCAGGAUUCUAAUUCGUCAAAGAAACUUAUUUUUGUAGCUGUCACAAGUCUUGGUUAACAUGACCAAAAUGGAGGAUCAUGUGCUCAUUAUACCCUCUAAACGGUUCGUCCAAAUUCUGCAAGAGUUAAGAGAUGCAUUUGGGAGCCCACAGAGCAUCCAGCAGAAGAUCCCAGCAGGUGAAGGCAUAGCAGGAAAAGAGAUCAAGCUGACAACACAGGAGAUCAAGUGGUGUCACGAGAAGAUGCGAGAAAGGGGCAUCCCAGAGCGUGUCCAUGAAUUACUAGCAGAGAGCGAGAUCAUUUUACCCAAGUAUGAACCACCCCCAAGGAGCCCAGAACUUGAAGCCAGGAUCCAAAGGCUGCGUUUCGAGCAAGAGAACCGUGACUACAAGGACAUGGUCAAAAGUGUGGAUAAUGUCUACCAGGGAGAUGGAACACAGCUUGGAGAGAUUGGGAAAGAGAUGCGGAUUGUUAAUAGGCAGAUCAUAUCAGGGCUUCAGUACCUCUUGUCUGUGAUUGGCACUUUCUUUGCUGUCUUUAUCGCAUUGGGUAUGGCCACCCCGGACUACGGAGUGAGGGCUCUGGUAGCUACACUGGCUGCAUUGGUGGUUGGCUUGGCAGAAAUGUAUUUCAUUAUCAGGGAAGAUUUAAAGGAAGAAAAAAAACAGGACAAAGUGAAAUAGUAUAUAUAAAAAAGCUGUGCCAAAAAGAGUGAUAAUUUUGUUUUAUUUUCUUUUUUUUUUUCUUUUGUUUUUUGUUUUGUUUUGAAGAAGUUAUUCUUAUAUUACUUUCUUGUGGCAGUGCAAUAUAAUUUUGUUGUUUGUAUGUUUUGUGUUAUAGACAUUUUCCCUUUGCUUAUUUGAGAACCUCUAUAUAAAUGAUUGUUUUCUAAGAUACCAAAUACUGUCCUUCAAAUGAUUAUUUGUUGAAGAAAAACAUAAGGCGCAUUUCUGUGUGGAUUACAUUGAAAAACUAUUUAGCAUUAGGUAAAUAAUUGCACUAAAUAAAUAUCAAAAUUAAUGCUGGAAAAUAUCAAAAUUAAUUCUGGAUAGUAAUAGAAACUCAUAAGGACAAGCUAACCCAGUGUUAGAUAAAAGUUGCUCAUAUUCCUGUGCAUUAUCAAAGGAUUUUUCUAUACUAAAAAGGCAUUUAAAUCUUGCAUUUGAUACCUUUUUCUUAGAUAUGUUUGCAUAAUUUGUAUUCUUUAUUGCACAACAGAUAAUCAUGUUAUAAGUGUUUUGCUCACGUGGAAGGUUAGUGCCAAAUGCGUAUGUGAUUUCAUUGGUGAUACAGUUUGUAAGAUGGCAUUAGUAUGAUUUUCUACGUUAUUUGCAUGUGCAGUGAAUGUGAUGUUAACAUUCCAUUUUCUAUAAUUUGUUUGUGUUGUUUAGUAUUGUCCGUAGUCUUUGUGUAGCAGAAUGUGUUACCCAUAAUCGGGUCACUCUAUGAUUGUGUACAUUGUUUAAUUUAAAACAAGGAGAUAUGUAAUAGUGUGAAUUGCAUCUAGUUACCAAUAAAGUUGAAAUUUUAAGGA